CGUCGCGACGGCGACUUGCCCGCCCCUUCUUAAAACCUUCCGCUCCGUGCAGCGAGGAAGAGAAAUUCAGGACGGCGCGUCCGAGAUCCCCGUCACGAGCGGAAUCCAGCCGCAGAUCCCCGCGCGCCUCACUGCCGCCGCCCACUAGAUAAAGCAACCCACGCGAGGUGACCCUGGGCAGGGAAGGGAGGGAACUCGUUGGGAGCCAUGGCGGAGCAGGAGGACGGGAGUAGGAGGAGGAGGGGGGAGGCGCAGGUGGUGGCGCUGGAGUGCGUGGCGGGGAGCUCCAAGGCGGAGGAGUGGGGCGGCGGAGGGGGAGUCGUGCAGGAGGGGGACGUGGUGGAGGCCGUCCGCGUGGGGCACGGCUCCGGGGCCGGGGGCGGCGUGGCCGCGCUAGAGCUCGAGGCGCCGUUCAAGGGCGGGCGCGCCGGGCUGCACAAGGCGCUGCACAGGGCGUUCAAGCGCGGGGAUACGUCCGUCGAGGUGCGCGUGCGGGGCGGCAGGGAGCUGCAGGCCUGCAUCGUGCCGCACCACGCCGGCACCGGCGGGGGCGGCGGUGGGAGCGGGAGGAAGCAGUACUUGCUGCGGUCGCUGCACGAUCCCAACUACGUGCUCGGCUUCGUCGACCGCCUCGAGAGUGAGUGCCUCGUCUGGCAAGGCACGAGGAGCACAAGAGUUGAAUCAGCAUUGAGCAAGGCACAACUCCAGGAUGGGUACGUCGCGUACCCAUGGGAGAAGAAGAUGCGCGACACGCUGCGCAUGCCCAACUCCUGCUGCUACCUCUCGAUGCUCAUCCUUCCCAAGGCUCUGGACUGCAACGCUUGUCGCUACGAGUCCUUUGAGGAUACCCUGGCGCGUGCCUGUGCAUGGCUCUACUCUUCGCGGGCCUCGGGCAUCCCUGUUGAUUUCAUGAAUGUGCAGAGUGAAGCUCUUCUCACCAAGAUAUCUGGAGAGACAGCAUCUGCUACUGUCAAUUCAGGUUCAUUAUCCGAUUUGUCGAACAUCACUAAUGCGACGAUGUAUGGUUUUGAGGAUUACCAUGGAGUGGACAUUGGUGUGGUCAAAGCUGCCCGGCUUUGGUACAGCUCCAUAGCAGGAGAAUUGCUGCUGGAGAUCCCACUUGAAGAAGGUGACACGAGGCUUGGCUUUGCCAUCAGCCGAACUGAAGAGGGUUUCAUCUUCGUAUCUUCGGUGGUCGACGACGACAAGGAAAGCGAGGCACCAUCAACGCGUUCAGGGCUCCGUGAUCUAUUCAACAGGGCCAAAGAUGCAUCAAAGUUGCUGGUCAUCUCAAGGGUGUCCAAUGAGAAGGUCCUCCCUUGGAUGAUCUCCAAUUCAGGAACGGUCCGUUGCUUCGACACCAUCUCCCUCAGCCAAAAGCUCUCCUUGCACCGCCUUGCAGUGCGCCCCAUCCAGCUACAUCUGCUUGCCUGGGAGAAGCCUACCGGUCCAGCAGAGAGGAUAUUCCGGUCUCCGACACUGCCCCCGCCUUCAGUGCCCCCUCAACUACACCAAAACCUUGUGGAGAGCAUUGAACCUAGAGUAGACGUUGAAGAGGACCAUGUGGGGGAUCUGUCGUUCCGGCUCGAUGAUCUCUCAUUUGAGAGCAGCUGGGUGUGAUAUCUAGUUUUCAGUUUUGUCAUCCUGGAAUCUAAUGUGCAUAUGUAUGUUUUGAUUUUCUCUAGUUCUUAGAUGCCUGCCUAGAAAUGUUCAGAACCUUUGUAGGUUUCUGACAUAGUCAGGGAAGAUGCUUACAUAACAUAUGAACAUUAUGUUGUGAUGCAACUGUGCAAAGUAUAUAUUGAUCAAUUCAGUAUUUAUAGAGGACCUUUUAUAACUUGUGCAUUGCGCCCUUUGCCCGGUUAAUGAAGUAGUCUAUUUGUCUAGCUAGGCAGCAUGACCCGUCGGAUCUUGGAGCCAACUAGAAUAAUGAUUAUGAGAGCCAUGAUUAAGAUCA